CCUUGCCUCGUCCAGGCACCUCCAAAGGCUCCAAAGGCUCCAAAGGAACGUCAACCAGCCGGAAGGCCGUCGACCCCGGUCAAGAGCGUCUCUGCCCUUGCACUGGUUCAUAUAUCCAGUAAUAGCCCAAGGAUUGGGUCGACCCACGCGGCGACGCUGACGAACUGGGUCCUUGGUUGGGUCCCCACUGGAGCCCAGCGCGGCCACACCAGCCCAUCAUCUCCUCCCGUUCCUGAUUUCCUCAGUGUGUCUGGGGAAACCGGCCGCGGCGUCGUUUGGUCGACCAGUCCAGACUGGCCCGUCAUGGUCAGAGUCCUUGCUGGUGCGAGGAAACAAGAGAUUGAGGGUCCGGGAUUGGAGCAAGGAACAAUUUGCCUGGAAGCGUAA